UUUCCAUCGUGCGGCUGGCUAUACAAAACGGCGCCGUUUCUCGAGCACUCAGCCGGGCAUUCUAGCAAAACCCCUGCUUUUACCGUUGCGUUAAGCCCUCCUCGCGGGGAGCAAGGCCUAGACUCCGUCCAAGACUCCGUCAAUCGACAAAUCGAGGCUUCUUCGUUUCUCAGUGAUCCACUUUGUUCUACUCUCAACACGCGUUUCUUUUAUGCUUUGUGUGUUUCAUACGCGAGCUAGUUCCGAUAAUCGUGGCUUACCGGCUCCGUUCGCUAAAUCUCCGCCGUAUCGACCAUAAAUGGGCAGAUUCGGCUGGUUGGGGUUGCAUCGGCGGUUUUUCCGGUCGUCCCUGGCCGGUGAAUUAAUCUUCGACCAAGGGCGUUCAGCAUUGCAGCGGCUGUUAUCUCACCAUCCAAGAUUUUUUUGCUCCAUUCAGCGAGACUACUAUGGAAUCCUUGGCGUUCCUAACAAUGCUAGCCGAGAUGAGAUUAAGAAGGCUUUUCAUGCGCUUGCAAAAAAAUAUCAUCCAGAUUCAAAUAAGAACAAUCCUUCUGCAAAGAGGAAAUUUCAACAGAUAAGAGAUGCCUAUGAGACUUUGCAGGAUUCUGAAAAGAGAGCGCUGUAUGAUAAGGAGCGUAUUAGGGGUUCAGAGAAAGUAGAAUAUUCUGCUGGAGAUUCAGAGGGGUUUAGAUAUGCUUACAGAACUCAUUUCUCUGAAUCUUUCCAUAAAAUUUUCUCUGAGAUUUUUGAAAAUGAGACGGAGAAUUUAGCUUCUGAUAUUCAGGUGGAGCUGUUGCUCUCUUUUUCUGAAGCUGCAAAAGGAUGCACAAAACAUCUUUCAUUUGAUGCAUUUGUUCCCUGUGAUUCCUGUUAUGGGCGUGGCCAUCCCCUUGAUGCCAAGACAAAUGUUUGUUCAGCUUGCAGAGGCACUGGGAGAGUUACAAUUCCUCCUUUCACAUCAACUUGCAGCCUUUGUCGUGGAUUGGGUCAAAUUAUCAAGGAAUACUGUGUGGAAUGCAGAGGAUCAGGGGUUGUUGAAGGUGUUAAAGAGGUUGAAGUUACCAUUCCAGAAGGUGUGGAGACUGGAGCUUCAAUCUUUGUACCAAAAGCUGGUAAUGCAGGGGGACGAGGAGUUCAACCUGGAGACUUGAAUAUCAAACUAGAGGUUGCUGAAGAUCCUGUCUUUUCUAGAGAUGGUGCAGAUGUUUACGUGGAUGCUAAUAUUAGCUUUACGCAAGCUAUACUUGGUGGUAAGGUCGAAGUGCCAACUUUGUCUGGGAAUAUGCAAGUAAAAAUACCAAAGGGGGUUCAACAUGGACAGCUUUUGGUACUGAGAGGCAAAGGAUUACCACAGCGGGGCUUUUUUGUGGACCAUGGAGAUCAAUAUGUGCGCUUCCGGAUUAAGUUCCCUAUCACAAUAAGUGAGCGACAACGCGCCAUGUUAGAAGAAUUUGCAAAGGAGGAAAUUGCACAUGGGGCUAGCACAUCUGCUGAAGGAAAUUGGUGGCAGCAGAUUCUUGAACAUGUGACGGGCCCUGAUUUUAUGGUCAAAAUUUCAGUCAUCAUGUUGAUGCUUCUGUUCCUGAGUAAAGCAAUUGGCUGAUGGUGAAAUUGUGGCGAUUUGAUGAAUUUAUGCCAUUAAUCUAUGCUACAGGGUUGCUGCCAUCUUUAUUUGUUCUUCUGAUAGAAUGUCCCAAUUGUUAUAGUCAUCCCUGCCUGUUUUGCUCAUAAGGGCGGGGAUUUAACACUGAUCUUAGAGUUCUGUUUUUUACUUUUAACAUAUCUCCUUCAUUGUAUACAUUUAUAUAUUACUGUACAGAAUUGAUUCUUGUUUUUACAAUAAUAAUAAUAAAGCUUGUUCACGCAUCAA